AUGAACCACGGCGACCACGGCGGACAUGGCGGGAUGGACCACGGCGACGGGGGUAUGGACAUGGGCAAGAUGUGCAGCAUGAACAUGAUCUGGAACACGCAGAUCGAGGACACCUGCGUCGUGUUCGACUGGUGGCACAUCCGGAGCACCGCGGGCUUCGUCGCGUCGUUCUUCGUCAUCGUCGCGCUCGGCGUGCUCUACGAGUGGCUCCGCGUCGCCGCGCGCGACGUCGACCGCCUGAUCGCGCGCAGGCUCGUCGCGGAGGGCAAGGGCAAGGCGCGCAUCCGGAGCGGGCGCGCGACGCCCGAUAGCGACUCCGAGGCGGCGGGCCUGCUCGGCGGCGAGCGUGCGCUGAGGAAGGUCGGGACUCCCCUUCCGCUCUUGCCUCGCGUCAGCCGGGCCGUGCUGUACGGCGCGCAGGUCUUCUUGUCCUUCUUCCUGAUGUUGGUCUUCAUGACCUACAACGCCUACCUCAUCCUCGCUGUCGUUGUGGGCGCCGCCACCGGUCACUUCGUCUUCGGCUCGCACUUCGACAUCAACGCCGCCCUCGCCGCCGCCACAGACUCCAAGGGGAUGUCCUGUCAUUAG